GCCUGGAAACAAGGGCGAAGAUCGGCGGAGGCCUGGGUCCAGGGCUGGAUUCCCGCUCCGAGCCUGCACCCUCCACAGCGGCCACUAUGGCCAAGAACUACGACUCCAUGGAGUUCCCGUUCUGCGACGAGGUGUCCAAGUAUGAACGGCUGGCCAAGAUCGGACAGGGAACCUUCGGGGAAGUCUUUAAAGCCAAACAUCGGCAGACCGGCAAGAAAGUGGCUCUGAAGAAAGUAUUGAUGGAGAAUGAGAAAGAAGGAUUCCCAAUAACGGCUCUACGUGAGAUAAAGAUUCUCCAGCUGCUGAAACAUGAAAAUGUCGUCAAUCUGAUUGAGAUUUGCAGGGCAAAAGCAAACCAGUACAACCGCUGCAAAGGAAGCAUCUUCCUGGUCUUUGACUUCUGUGAACACGAUCUAGCCGGACUUCUGAGCAAUACACAUGUCAAAUUCACACUUUCUGAGAUAAAGAAGGUCAUGCAGAUGCUACUUAACGGUCUCUACUAUAUCCAUAGGAAUAAGAUCCUGCACAGGGACAUGAAGGCAGCAAACGUGCUGAUUACCAGAGAUGGAGUUUUGAAAUUAGCGGAUUUCGGAUUAGCUCGGGCCUUCAGUCUUGCCAAAAACAGCCAGCCAAACAGAUACACCAAUCGUGUGGUCACGCUCUGGUACCGACCCCCCGAGCUGCUUCUAGGAGAGCGUGAUUACGGUCCUCCCAUAGACCUGUGGGGUGGUGGAUGUAUAAUGGCCGAAAUGUGGACCCGGAGCCCCAUCAUGCAAGGAAACACUGAGCAGCACCAGCUAACGCUGAUCAGCCAGCUGUGCGGUUCCAUCACCCCGGAGGUGUGGCCCAAUGUGGACAAGUAUGAACUUUAUCAGAAGCUGGAGCUGCCCAAAGGCCAGAAGAGGAAGGUCAAGGACAGACUGAAGGCUUAUGUAAAGGAUGCCUACGCCCUGGAUCUUAUCGACAAGCUACUAGUCCUGGACCCAGCGCAGAGAAUUGACAGCGACGAUGCCCUCAAUCAUGACUUCUUCUGGUCUGACCCAAUGCCUUCUGACCUCAAGAACAUGCUUUCAACUCACAACCAGUCCAUGUUUGAAUAUCUGGCUCCUCCGAGAAGACGGGGAGGUCACAUGCCUCAGCAACCAGCUAAUCAGGGAAGGAACCCUGCAACCAAUCAAUCUGAAUUCGAUCGCGUCUUCUAGCGCCUGGCCACACAUGGAUU